AUGACCACCCACAAGGAUUCCCCCUCUAUUGGGGUCAAUGAGGAUCCGAUACUCCCUGCGGUGACCACCAAGAACCAGGACCAACAGGACGGUGUUCGAGUCGCUGAGGCAGUGACUGCCUCCUGGUCCAAGAAAUCCCUCAUCGUAACAUAUGCCUCCAUGUGGAUGCUGUACUUUGUCAAUGGCCUGAACAACAAUCUAACCUCCAACCUCUCGGCAUAUAUCACAAGUGAUUUCUCGGAACACUCGCUGCUCACAGUCAUCAGCGUUGUGACAAGUGUAAUGGGUGCCGCAUGUGUGAUGCCAAUUGCAAAAGUUCUGAAUCUGUGGGACCGUACUCUGGGGAUCUCCAUCAUGGUCUUGAUCGCCAUCAUGGGUCUUAUUAUGAUGGCUGGUUGUAACAACAUCACAACUUAUUGUGCCGCGCAGGCAUUCUAUACGGUCGGCUUUACCGGCACAAUUUUCUGCGUGGAUGUGAUCACUUCGGAUACUUCGUCACUUCGCAACCGUGGUAUCGCAUAUGCCUUCACCUCGUCGCCUUAUAUUAUUACUGCUUUUGCCGGAUCACCCCUGUCCAACCAAUUCCAUGAGACCAACUGGCGAUGGGCUUACGGAACUAUCUGCAUCAUUCUUCCAAUUGUUGCUUCUCCCUUGAUCAUCACAUGGGAGUUGGCCAAGCGAAAGGCAGACAAGGAGGGUCGGUUGCAGUAUAAGCCGCGUAGCACCAGGACAUGGUGGCAGAGUGUGUGGUAUUAUAUCAUCGAGUUUGACAUCAUCGGUAUUUUCUUCAUGAUCGGCGGGUUGAUCCUCUUCCUCACCUCUUUCAACAUCGCCGGGAAUACCAAAGGAGAGUGGAAAUCGGCUAAGAUAAUUGCUAUGAUGGUAGUCGGGUUUUGUGUCCUUGCCGCAUUCGUUGCCUAUGAGCGCUGGGGAGCACCGAAACCAUUUAUUCGUUUCGCGUUACUCUCGAAUCGAACUGUGAUCGGUGCUUGUCUGUUGGAUAUCACAUACCAAGUCUCCUACUACUGCUGGGCCAGCUACUUUACCUCUUUCCUACAGGUGGUCUUCAACACAAGCCUCACCCAGGCUGGUUACAUCAGUGCGAUCUUCGACUUGAUGGACCCCGUCUGGCUUAUUGGCUGUGGAUACCUCAUCCGAGUCACUGGUAGGUUCAAGUGGCUGCUCAUGCUUGCCGUUCCACUCUACCUUCUGGCCAGUGGUCUGAUGAUCUAUUUCCGCGCCCCCGGUCACAGUGUCGGGUACAUGUGCAUGUGCCAGAUCUUUCUGGCUGUCGGUGGUGGUACCAUGAUCCUGAUUGAACAGAUUGCCGUCCUGGCAGCUGCCAAACAUGAAGACUAUGCCUCCAUGUUGGCGCUGCUCAGUGUGUUUGGCAAUGUGGGCGGUGCUGUGGGCAAUAGCGUAUCUGGCGCCAUUUGGACCAACACGCUCCCGAAGAAGUUGCGCGAGCUGUUGCCGGCGGAAACAAAGGAUCAAUGGGCGGAUAUUUACGAGUCACUGGAUGUUCAGCUUAGCUAUCCCGUGGGCUCGCCUACUCGCACCGCCAUUCAAAACGCGUACGCGUUCAGCCAACGGAAUAUGAUGAUUGCUGGAACCGCUGUGAUGGGUCUGUCCAUUGGCUGGGUUCUGAUGAUGAGAAACAUCAAGGUGAAGGGCAACAAGAAUGUAACACAGGUUCUAUUUUAG